AUGGUCGAUUCAACGAAUCAACAAGUCAUUAAUAAUUAUCAAUUGGGUGACUGCCUUGGAAAAGGUGCGUUUGGCUCAGUUUACAGAGCAUUAAACUGGGAAACGGGCGAAGCCGUUGCUGUUAAAAAAAUAAAACUUAGUAAUAUACCUAAAUCAGAUCUAAAUUUUAUCAUGACUGAAAUAGAUUUAUUAAAAAAUCUAAAUCAUCCAAACAUUGUAAAAUAUAAAGGAUUUGUUAAAACAAGGGAGUUUCUAUUUAUAAUUUUAGAGUACUGUGAAAAUGGCUCAUUACACAAUAUUUGUAAAAAAUUUGGUAAAUUUCCUGAAAACCUUGUAGCAGUAUAUAUAAGUCAAGUGCUAGAAGGAUUAUUAUACCUACAUGAACAAGGUGUAAUACAUCGUGAUAUCAAGGGUGCGAACAUAUUAACCACAAAAGAAGGUUUAGUAAAACUGGCUGAUUUUGGUGUGGCAACUAAAACAACAACAUUGGGCGAUUUUGGUGUUGUUGGCUCUCCGUAUUGGAUGGCUCCAGAAAUUAUUGAAUUAUCAGGUGCGACCACAUCAUCGGAUAUUUGGAGCGUGGGAUGUGUCGUGAUUGAACUGUUGGAAGGCAAACCACCAUAUCAUCAUCUUGAUCCGAUGCCUGCACUUUUUCGAAUAGUGCAAGAUGAACAUCCUCCAUUGCCCGAGAGUGCAUCUCCGGCUGUAAAAGAUUUUUUAAUGCAGUGUUUCCAUAAAGAUAAAUACGAAGAAACAAUAAAAAGUGUACAAGAGUGGAACAAAGCAUUAAAAGCUUCAAAAUCUAAUAUUAAAUUACCACCAGCUUUUAAUAGGCGAAGGAAAAGUGAACAAAUUAAGUUACAAUUGUUAUCAUUACCAUCACCCGAUAAUGUUAACAGAAAGAAAUCAAUUGAUCAAGUAUCAAUAGUUGAUAAUAAUUGGGACAAUUUUGUUGAUUUAGGUUCAAAAAAUUUAACGGUAGUUAGUACAAACAAUGCACAAAAUAAUAGAUUAUCAAUGAAAAAAAAUAAUAUUGGUGGCGAUGAUGAUACCAAAAUUUCAAGUCCUAAAAAACAUUCGAAAGGUAAAGAACCUAUGGAAUCAUCUCAAAUCAAUGGUGAAACUAAUAUUAAUAAUACAAAUAGUCUUGAUACUGUUAUACAUUUAUCACAACAAAAUACAUUAACUAAAAAAAUCAAAAAAAUUACUUCAAGAGGCUCAUUAAAAUCAUCUGCAUCAUUUGAACCACCGUCACCAUCACCAUCACCAUCACUGACUUCGUCACCAUUAUUACAACAACAAAAAAGAUCUAAACCAUUACAAAUAAUAAGACCCAUAUCAUUAUCAGCACAGCAACAACAAAAACAACCAAUAAAACCAAUCUAUUCAACUUCUUUAACAGAAAAUCACAUCACAAUCUUUUCAUCAUCCCCAAACAACACCACCAAUGCAAGACCUAAAUCUCCUUAUCCUCCAAAUCUAUUUAAACAACAUCGUCGUAGGGUCAGUGAUUUAGAAGCCAACAAACGACCAUUUUCUUAUAUCAAUGGUCUACAAAAUUCUACAUCAUUAUCAUCUGCAUCGUCAUUACCAGAUGAUAAACCUUUACCACCAUUACCACGCUAUAAUAAAUCUCCUAAUUCUGCUGGCUUAGGAUUAUCAUUAUCAAGCCGGGUUUCAGCUCCUGUCCUACCAAGCAUUGAGAUACCUGAUUCUUAUUAUGAUAAAGUUCUGUCUACAAGUGCAACAAGUAAUAUGAGUAACGCAUCACCAAUCUCGCCACUUCGUGAUACACCAACUGGUGGUGAUAAACAAUCAUUAAUGAUUAAAUCAAGACCUACUAACAAUAGUUGGCUCGCCGAGGAUAUAAGUGACGAAGAUGAUCCAUUUGCAGAGAUUGAGGAGAAAUUUGACGAGAUGGACAUGGAAGCUUAUAUAGCUAGAGACAAAUAUGCUCAUGCGUGUUCAAGGCUAGAAGAACUUAUUAACGCGCUACUGCCUAAUGAGAGCGAAGAGAGAUUAUUGAUCACAUGUGGUUUAUUGAUUGAUCUUUUGAACGAACAUAAACAACUUAAAAGUCAUUUCAUCAUUUUUCAUGGCGUGAUACCGAUCAUUGAAAUAUUGGAAAUAUGUGUCUACUCAAGUGUAUUGACCAAGCUACUGAGAAUAAUUAACAUCAUCAUCGAGGAUAAUAUUAACUUGCAAGAAAAUUUAUGUCUGGUGGGUGGUAUACCUGUGAUAAUGAAUUUCACCUUGAAACGAUACUCAUAUGAUAUCAGAUUGGAGGCCGCAACUUUUAUAAAACACAUAUGUCACACCUCACCCAUUGUACUGCAAAUGUUUGUUUCGUGUAGAGGAUUGAAGGUUUUGGUGGAAUUUCUACAAGAGGAUUACAAUGACCGCAAGGAAUUGGUUUGGAUAGCUGUUAAUGGAAUCUGCAGCGUUUUUGAACUUCAGAGUCCAACUCCAAAAAAUGAUUUUUGUCGUCUAUUGGCAAAAAAUGGAUUGUUAGAUCCGUUGGCAAACACGCUUCACGAUGUUAUAAAGGACGAAGAUGAAAAGGCCUUCAUUUAUAUUAACAAAAUAAUCAAUAUAUUUUUACAAUUCUCACAAGCUGACACCUAUGUAACUGAAGUGAUGGCAACCAAAACUAAGGUGAUAUCAAGAAUUUUUGAAGAGUUGGAUGAAUUGCCAGCAAACAUGGUUGUCUCGUUGCUUAAAUGUAUAAAAAAUAUGUCAAUGAACUCGAACACUCUGGAUGCAUUACAAAAAGCGGGAGCUAUUCAAGUAUUGACCGCAGUGUUAGAUAAACAAAGUCCACCAUACAUCACCGAAAUCUCGAAUCAAGUUCUCAACACAAUGUUUAAUCUAUGUCGUAUAAACAAGUCAAGACAAGAGGAAGCGGCGAAAGCCGGGGUCAUACCACAUUUGCAAUAUUUUGCGUCUAAUAAAACACCACUAAAGCAAUUUUCUUUGCCUAUAUUAUGUGAUAUGGUACACACAGGCGAAUUGUGUCGUGACUUGUUGUGGAAACAUGAUGGCUUGCAGUUCUAUUUAGAAUUGUUGAUUGAUCCCUAUUGGCAAGUAAAUGCUUUGGAAGCAAUACUUGCUUGGCUACAAGAGGAAACACAAAAAGUUGAACCAAUUCUAUUGCAACCCAAAAAUGUUGGGCACAUGCUCGAAGCAUUUGUUACAGCAAAAGCAAACUCUUUUGAAAACGUUCUUGAACCAUUACACAUGAUAGCCCAGAAAUCGCCAUCAUUGUCAUGUGAAAUGGCUCAGCCUAAAUUUUUCAAACGCCUAUUACAACGUUUGUCACAUCCAAAAGCUGUUGUCAGGCUCAACUUGUUACGUAUAUUAAAAACCGUUUGUGAUUCGCAUCCACAACGUGAAGAUGUUAUAGCCAAAUAUGAAUUGUUUGACGUUAUUGAUAAAAUGAGCAAGAAUGACCAGGCGGUUUUGAUCAGAGAUCCUGGUAUAUCAUUAUCGUCAUUGGCUGUUAGCAAUCCGCCAGCAACAUCUUUAUCGCAAGACGUUAUAUCUGAGGAGGAAGAAUAUGCUACUAGUUUUUAUACCAAUAGUCAUGUACCGUUUACAUCAUUCAAAGAUAAUUUGGUUAACAAUUCUGCUUUGCCCGUUGAAGGAAAUCAAACUCAAAUACAACAAAUACAAAUAAAAAGACGUAAACGUGCUUUAUCAUCGCCAAUCACAUCUCAUUUAUCGACAAUAUCAGAACAAGAAACAGUAAAACCUAAAAGACCUUUAUCGACUCCAUUUGAAUUAUCAUUGGAUCAAGUGAUUGAACAAGGAGGAGACAAGAAAACUUCUUCGACUUCUAUUUCCUCAACUCCAAUAAUACCUAAUAGUAAUUAUAGACAACAACAGCAACAAUUGCCUUCUCAAAAGAAAAGACCAGUUUCUUUUGUUUCACAUCCACCAAAUGGCAAUGAUUCAAUUAAACUUCCUCGUUCAAUCUCAUUAAAAAAUCGUAAAAAUUCUCAACAACAAAAAAUUUUAUCAUCAGCAUCAUCUACACAUUCGUCGAUUAACAACAACGAACAACAUUUAUCAACAAUAAGAUCAAGUGUAUCAGCUACUUCUACCGACACAAAUACUUCUACCAACUAUUACAACUACAAUAAUGAUUCAGGAGCUGUCUCACUUUUCCCAUAUGAUCAUAUUCGUAAAAGAGAAAGUUCACGAAAAAUUAAAGGUAUAGCUUAUAACAGAUCAUAUAAUAGACAAGCUAUGAAUGAAGAGGAGGCAACAGAAUCUGUAGCACCAUCAAUUAAUUCAAUUGGUUCAACAAAUAUUGAAACAGAAGGUGGCGUUAUAGCAAUGAAAUUUGGAACAAAUUCUUCUAGUGCUACUACUGCUACUAAUGCAAGUAUGAAAGGAACGAAAAAUGAACACACGGAUCGUCAUCAUCAUUUACAAUCUUCAAUGUUUGUAUGGUUGAAAAAAAGAAUGAUGGGAGGUGGGAAUAGUAAGAUUAAGAAAGGUAAUCAUAACAGUGGUGGUAAUAGUAAUAUUGGUGGCAGUAAUAAUAAUCGAAAUGAUGAUAUUGGUCGCAAUAACGAGAAUAGUACUAAUCAGAGAGAAAAUAGGAAUUGA